GGUCAAGGCGCGAAAUCAAUGUGACGCGCGACAGUCGAACGAGCGGAUUCCGCGAGCGCGCUCCCGUCACCAGCUCCCCGCCCCCCCUCCGCCUCCCUCCGCCUUUCGCCCGCACCCCACGCCCCCUCGUGAGCGCGCUGGCUUGGCGCAUGCGCGGCGCGGCUCCGCUGGCUCGGUGCUGAAGUUGGGCGGAUGGAGGAAAAACACCCCUGAUGGACGUUCGGCGGCGGCGUGCAUUGGAGCUGCGCGACACGGGCGUGAACGAGCUCGAGGAAGAGCCCCAGCGCGAGCGCGGCAGCGGAGCCCCCCCCCCUCCCCCCGGGAAAAGAUGUGAUGUUCUGAGCCGCUGAUCCCGUCCACCUCUGAUGAACGGUCCGUCCGCCGAGCGCUGACUUCUGCCUGGACGCGCUGGAGAGAGGGCCUUCUGCUCCCGCCACCGGUCGGAACCCGACGCAAGACCCGCCCCUCCUUUCCCGCCAUCUGUCCCCGCCCACCCCAGAGCAUCCUGGGUGCAGCCUGCGAUUCUGUCAUCUGAUCCCUGCCCUGCCCGCCCCCUCGGUCAGGGAUGGUGAGGGGCGCGGCAGCCGGAGGUUCCCCCUGCCCUCUGCUUCGUUCCCGUCCUCUCCUGGCUCACCCGCUCACCUCGACGCCAUGACUCCGCUGCUCGUCCCGUCCGAGGAUUCCCACUAACUUGUCUGCCCUGCAGUUUGAACGGCGUGGAAAUGAGAAAGCGGCAGCAACCACACAUCGAAGGACCCUCUGAGCCGCCCGGCGCCCCAAGGCCUAGCACCUGUUGUCUCUGCUGGUGCGGAUGCUGUAAAUGUCUCUGGAACCAGGACAGAGUGGAACACGCGGAGCGGCAGACGUGCACAAAAAUGGAUAGUAUUGAAGCGACCGAGGAACAGCGCCCCUCGCUGGAGGAGGUCCUGUCGUGGUCCCGUAGCUUUGAGAAAAUGAUGCACUCGCCGGAAGGCCGGGAAGUGUUCCGCGAGUUCCUGCGCUCCGAGUACAGCGAGGAGAACCUGAUGUUCUGGCUGGCCUGUGAGGACCUGAAGAAGGAGACCAACCCGACCGCCAUCGAAGAGAAGUCCCGCAUCAUCUACGAGGACUACGUCUCCAUACUGUCGCCGAAGGAGGUGAGCCUGGACUCGCGGGUGCGGGAGGGCAUUAACCAGAGCCUGGAGGAGCCCAGCAGCCACAUGUACGAGGAGGCCCAGCUGCAGAUAUACACGCUCAUGCACCGGGACUCCUUCCCCCGCUUCCUCAACUCCUCCCUUUACAGAGACCUUGUGGAGCGCAAGAGGAGCACCUGCCUGGAGACAUAAGCGACGAACCCCGCGCGAACGCAAAGCGACCGACGAAACGAAACGAAACCCUGAAACGAAAACGGGUCCAAACUCGAAGGUUUGAUUGUUUCCUUUCAGGGAGAAAAAAAAAAAAAAAAAAAAA